GCUUCGGUUUCCUGUGGGGGAGGCUUACCUGACUUCCUGGAGCAGGGAAAAUGUGCGGAUGUUUCCCUCCAGUCCAACUUCGAUGCUCGCAGGUACUCAGGUCGCUGGUUCAUGACGGAGAUCAUCGAGAACCCUUACAUGCCAAUGAAGAAAUGCAUCAGUUCCAAGUACGACCUCGACGAAAGGCAAGACGGUUUUGAAGUGACCACUUCAGGACUGGAUGCCAAUGGCGAACACGAAUCCCUCCAGGGAAAGAUCUACCACACAAGCAGAUUCCCCAAGGGCCACUUGCACCUCGAUUUCCCUGGUGUUAUUGGAAGCCCUUACAAAGUGAUUGAAACCGACUACGAAAACUACUCUUGCGUGUAUUCCUGCAUCGACUGGAGUGGAUACAAGACCGAGUUCGGCUUCGUCUUCUCCAGGAAACCUGAGAACUGGGGAGAUGCCGCUGAGAAGUGCGCCUCAGUCUUCGAGAAAAAUGGCCGUCGACUUCGAUAAAUUCGUUGCUGUGCCUCAAUCCGAUUGUGACCAUUAAUCGCAGAUGCACCAGUUAAUUAUAGAAUGAACUCUUCCUUCCUUUUAUUUCCUAAAUACA